AUGGAUGAAACCUCUCCGUUACUCUCUGCUAUACAUUCUCCCGGGAAGGAGGAGGAGUUUCCAAGUUCCCUCCAGGGAAAGAAAGUCCUUCUGGCGACUGAAUCCUGGGGCCCUGUAAAUGGAGUCAGUCGUACUACGCGCAGUCUUGUUGAAUACCUGCGCGCGCAUGGUGUCGAGCUCCUUCUGGUCGCGCCCACUUUCAAGGGCGACGUCUCUAAACCCAGUCCCUGGGAACGUCGGCUCCCAGGUGUAGCCUUGCCCUAUAACCCGGAUUUGACUGUGGUCUAUCCAUUCCACCUGAGAGAUGCGUACCAGGGAUUUGAGCCCGACAUCAUCUAUCUCGCCAGCCCAGCCUCGCUUGGGUUUCAAAUGCUGCUUCAGAUCAGACAGUUACGAUCACCACCACCCGUCAUUUUGAAUUUCCAAACAGAUCUGUCUGCAUAUGCGGAGAUCAUGUUGCCCUCGCCACUAGACAAAUUCGGCGUCUGGCUCCUGGCCGUCGUACAGGGCUUCUUAUUCCGUGCGCGAGCAGUGCGUACAAUCUUUUACCCCUGCUCCGACAUUCGCAGCUAUCUCGAGGAAGCAGGAGCUCCUGUCGAUCGCCUGGUCCAGCUAGGCCGUGGAGUAGAUACAACCCUUUUUACACCGGAGAAGCGCGAUGAAGACUAUCGCAGGGAAAUCGCACCAGAUGGUGAGAUAAUUCUCAUCUGCGUGUGUCGCAUUGCCCCAGAAAAGGGAUUCCAAUUUCUCGCCCAAGUAGCUGUGGAUUUGGUCAAUACCAAAGUGCCCUUCAAGCUAGUGAUAGUCGGCGGGAAUCGAAAUCCAGAGGUGGAGAACCAAGUGAAGGAGCUGUUUGAUAGCGUCCGAGACCAUGUUGUUUUCACUGGGUUUCAAACUGGGAACUCACUGGCUCGAAUUUAUGCCUCGGCUGAUAUCUUCCUUCAUUGCUCCAUCACGGAGACCUUUGGACUGGUUGUUUUGGAGGCCAUGGCUAGCGGCAUUUCAGUAAUCGCGCGCGAUCAGGGCGGACCCCACGAUAUCAUUCAGAAGGGCACUGGAUAUCUCGUGCCUCCACAAGAUCUGGAACAAUUCACUCGUAUAGUCCGUGAAGUUAGUGGCAAUACAGAAUUACGGACUGGAUUGUCUCAAGCCGCACGCGAAUUUGCGAAAAACAUGACCUGGGAGAAGAUUAACCUCCGAGCAUCCUGGAAAAUCUCCCAAGCGCUCACCGAGGUCGACCAGGAGUCUCAAGGGCAAGGCCGAAGGUCACGAGUCCGGUCUGGUGUCAUUUCAUCAGCAGUGGAAUAUUUCUGUCUCGCGCUGGCAGUCAGCAUAGUUCAUGGGAUGUGGCUAAUAUCGGUUGUGCCUUUAAUUAUACAUGGUCACCGUUUCCUGCCUCGAGCUUGGCAGACUGUGCGGAGGCGAUUUCAGUUUAUGCGGGCAUUGCCAAACUGA